AUGCGCGUAGGUGACGAAGGCGAGAGCUUUGUGACAGUUGAGUCGUGCGGGGACGAGUUCCUCGCCAUGCUCGCUGACCUCGCGGACGAGGCGGACGACUCCGCGGACGCGCAGGCGGAGGUGGAGCGGGAGGGGGAGGGGGAGGGGGAAGAGGGGCAGUGCCGCGAUCUGGACGAUUUGGGCCACGUGGCAGUCGAGCUGGACGAUGAUGAUGAUGAUCUCGAGGGUGAUCCAGUGGACGCAUGGCUCUGGACAAGGCUGGGCGGUACGGGAGAUGUAGGUGGCUUGAGUGGGAGAGAGGGCGGUGCAGUGCGGCGAAGAACAGUGCAGGGCGAGGAUGUGAGGUGCAAGCGAGUGGGGGUGGAAGGCGGGUCUGCUAUUACUGAUGGUGCGGGGAGGUUGCGAGAAGGGACCGAGGCCAGGGGGCAAGGAAAUUGGGUAGCGACAGAGAGGGACAGAGGAGGAGAGGAGGGGGGUUCAGAAAUGGGGAGGAGCGAGUGGGAGAGACAGCCAUGGGCGUGGGAAGAGUUGGGGGAGGCCAUGGAUCUAGGUCUGGAGGAUGAUGGGCAGACCGAUGGGUGGUCCUGGCAUCCGCAGCAGCAGCCGCUGGGAGAAAACAUCACAAGAGUCGGUGGAGGCAACGGCGCCCACACUCCCCAUCCACACGUCCCCAACGCUACCCCUUCCUCCUCCGCUUCCCCAUAUCCCUCUCCGCCCCCAUCAUCCCUAGCACCACCCCUACCACCAUCCAAAGCGCCCCCACUAUCAUCCCAAGCGCGGGCAUCAUCAUCAUCAGCGGCAGCAGCAGCAUCAUCGUCUGUGUUGCUGUACCACGAGGCACUGCAGCUGGACCAGGUGGCUCUCGCGAGCGCUGCCGUGUUUGGCCACCGGCGCCUGAGGGACGGGCAGCGGCACGCGUGCGAGGCUGCUCUGGCGGGCCGAGACGUCUUUGUGCUCAUGCCCACUGGCGGGGGGAAGAGCCUCUGCUACCAGCUCCCAGCGGUGCUCUCCCGCGGUGUGACCGUCGUGGUCUCCCCCCUCCUCGCGCUCAUCCAGGAUCAGGUCAUGGCACUCGUGCACCACCACGGUGUGCCCGCCGCCUUCCUGUCCUCCGCCCAAACAGCAGUGCAGGCAGCCGCGGUGGCUCGGGAGCUGCGCAAGGCGGUGCCGUCGUGCAAGCUGCUGUACGUCACGCCUGAGAAGCUCAUGGGCAGCGCCGCCCUGCAGAGCAUCCUGCGCGGCCUGCACUCCCGGGGUAUGCUGGCUCGCUUCGUGGUGGAUGAGGCCCACUGCGUCAGCCAGUGGGGGCAUGACUUUCGCCCGGAGUACCGCCAGCUGGCAUCGCUGCGCACUCUCUUCCCCGGCACGCCCUUCCUCGCCCUCACCGCCACCGCCACCCCCGCCGUGCAGAAGGACAUCACAUCAGUGCUGCGCUUCCCCCCAUCAUCAGCGCACAUAGCCCUCUCGUUCGACCGGCCCAACAUCAGCUACACUGUGCUGCCCAAGCACCCCGCGCACCCCCUCGCACACCUCGCCGCUCUCGUCUCCGCGUGCUUCCCCCCGUCCGCAACUGGUAUCAUCUACUGCCUGUCCAAGCGCGAGGCUGAGAGCGUCGCGGACAUGUCCAAGUCUCUCGAGAACUUCUACCAGGAGUCAGGCAGGGCGGGCAGGGACGGGCUGCCCGCCAGCAGCAUCGUGCUCUUUGCCUGCCGUGACUUCUCCCGCGUCGCCUGCCUCCUGCGCCGCUCCGCCUCCUCCGCUGCACGCGCUGCUGGCAGGGGUGGGGGCGGUGGUGGGGCGGCUGGCAGGGCAGCGGCAGUGAGGAGGAUGCAGGAGGAGAUAAAGCGCGCGCGGGAAAUGGCGGCGUUCUGUGAAGAUAAGUCCAAGUGCCGACGGCAGCAGCUGCUAAGCUACUUUGGAGAGCAGCAGGCGUGUGGCACGUGCUCCCCUGAGUCCAACCCCUGCGACCACUGCCGCAACGGGCACGCUCCGUCUGCCACUGCCGCCACCCCUACCACUCGCACACGUGCAUCCACAACCACCACCACGACUGCCACUUCCGCACCACCUGCCGCUGCCACUGCCAGUGCCAGUGCCAAGGGGGGUGUUCGUAGGGGCAGUGGCAGCAGGACAGCGGGUGGAGGCAGGAAAGGCAAGCAGCAUAGCCGAGGGGGGAAGCGGCAACAGCCGAGGAAGUAG